CAGCCUUAGAAACUAGAAAAAUAAAAUUAAAAUAAAAAUGUGCCAAAAAAGUUUGUCGGAGCACGAUAACACAGUCCUCAGGCGUAUAUUCAACCCCGAACUACCAUACAGUGACACAGUCAACUACGAAGAAGAGUCUGAGGCAGAGAAUACUGAAAAUCUUCCUGAAGCUGAGAAUGAGGCGAGGCAGCUUGAGAUAGAAGGUGUAAAGGCAGCAGAGAGUGGAGAUGUUGGUGCUUCUUUGGAGAGGUUUAACAGUGCCAUUAACAGAUGUCCUAGUCGAGCAUCAUGCUACAAUAACAGAGCACAAGCUUUGAGAUUGAAGGGGGAUACUGCUUGUGCAAUGCUUGAUGUUAACAAGGCCCUAGAGCUGAGUGGAGGGAAGGGAAAGGCUGCAACACAGGCAUUUGUACAAAGAGGAUUACUAAAUAAAAAAGAAGGACAAGAUGAGAAGGCUCUUGAUGACUUUAAGCAUGCGGCUAAACUGGGAAGUGCCUUUGCCAAACAUGUUGUGGUUCAGAUGAACCCUUAUGCAGCCAUGUGUAAUGCUAUGUUGGCUGAGGUAAUGCAAAAAGUAAAAUGUGGAGAGGACACAGCUUAAACAAUGGAAAAGACACAGAAUAAGACAAAGAAAGGACACAAAUAUAGAAUAUUAUGAUAUUAUUUAUACAAAACAUACAAACAUAAUAAUUGUCAUUCUAUGAUGGGUUUGGAUCAAUUAUUGAACUAUUUUAUUUAGAUACAUGUAAAAUGUAUACCUGAUACAUCAAUAUUAAGUGUUUUACAAGGAUCAUCUAUGUUUUGAAUUAUUACAUGGCAUUUUUUUAGUGUAAGAUAUGUUUUGUCUUUAAAUGUGCAAGGAUCUGAAUUUUUGGGGAAUUUUUGUUUAUGCUGUCUUAACAUAACUGGCUGAAUGGCCAAAUGUGAUUGGAUUAGUAGAGGUUCACAUGUUGCAAUGAAAGGACUAUUGUCUCACUGAGGGGCCAUGUCAAAUAUUCUUGUUUUCACAUUUACACUAAAAAACGCUGUUUGAAAUUGAAUUGCAGUUAAUUUUAUAUUGUGAUAUGCAACCCAAAUAAACUUACACAAAGGAAAAAUAUUGACUUUUGAUCUAAAAAGAUAUUAAAUUGUGUUAUACAUUGGCUAAUAUUUUAGAUCUAGUUACACAGUUAUUUUUGGAACAUAAUAUGAAAGACAAUACUCUAACAUUAAAGGUACUUUAAACUGCAGGUAUAAAUGCAAAGCCAUUAUUUUUUAUUAAACUUGCAUUAUAUGAAUUUGUACAGUAUUAUGACACUCCAUUUGGCAGCUACAAAUAAAGUCAUAUACA